AUGACGGCCCGCUGUGUGCGCUCUCUGUCCGGAUCCCUGCAGCUGCUGCUCCGCAACCGGUUCUGCUGCGUGCCGGUGGACUUUGAAGUCGUCAAUGUGGACUCGACCUCGGCCUCAGAGGACGACAUCAAUAAUGCCAUCAUGGCCAUCAGACGCAAUGGAGUCGCACUGAAAGGUAACUGUGAGAAAAUCUGUCAGUGGAGAUAUAACGAUGGAAAUCAGAACAUAUCAAAAUCCAGGAACAACCUGCUGCGCACCACGUUGGAUCUGUACGCCAACGUGAUGCACUGCCAGUCUCUGCCUGGAGUGAGGACGCGCCACAGAAACAUCGACAUCAUGAUCAUCAGGGAAAACACCGAGGGAGAGUACAGCAGCCUGGAGCACGAGAAUGUACCCGGUGUUGUCGAAUGCCUGAAGAUCAUCACCAGGACCAAAUCUUUACGCAUCGCUGACUACGCGUUCAAAACGGCUCGAGAGCGAGGACGCACACGAGUCACCGCCGUUCACAAAGCUAACAUCAUGAAGUUGGGUGACGGCCUUUUCCUGGAGUGCUGUAAGGAGGUGGCGAGCGGUUACCCUGAAAUCACCUUCGACAGCAUGAUUGUGGACAACACCACCAUGCAGCUGGUUUCCAGACCGCAGCAGUUCGACGUGAUGGUCAUGCCCAACCUGUACGGCAACGUUGUGAGCAACGUGUGCGCCGGGUUGGUUGGCGGACCGGGCCUGGUGCCUGGAGCCAACUAUGGAGAGGACUACGCUGUGUUUGAGACGGGCACCAGGAACACUGGGAAGAGCAUCGCUAACAGCAACAUAGCGAACCCCACAGCCAUGCUGCUGGCCUCCUGCCUGCUGCUGGAUCACCUGAAGCUCCACGCCUACGCCAACAUGAUCCGCAGAGGCAUCCUGUCCACCGUCACCGAGACCCGGCUGCACACUGCGGAUCUGGGAGGUCAAGGCUCCACGUCUGAAGUGGUCCAGUCCAUCAUGAAGGCCGUUGAAAGCACCGGACCUCGAACACUGAGCACCUAGAACAGACGGCAGCCACUCAGCGGGGAUCAGCGUAGGAUUACGACGGCCUUCUGUAGCUCUUC